UGUAAAGCUGUUUAGGGUUUUAGCAGGGGAUGAAUGUCAGUAACGCUUAAAUCUUCAGUCAGGAGAGCCGCUGCUCCUGCAUGAGGCUGUGAAAAGACCUUGUUCUUCAUGACACAAUGCUGAAGAUUAAGAGCUGUCCUCCUCUUGGACAGCGUUAAAAGGGUUUGAUGGGGUGAGAGGAGCCAUUAAGAUCAGGUUUAUAUGGCAUGAUGUGGGCGAGGAUCUCAAAGCAUUACAGAGACUUAAAAGACGGGCCGUGGUGUUUGAUUAAUCAACGGAACAAUCCGUUAUUCAUGCUGAAGAAGUUUAACGUUGAGAGAGAAAACUCAAGAGUGUGGGAUAUUAGGACUGUUUGUUCAAAUGAAAUGAGAGUCUGAUUGUUUCCCUCUCAGCAGAGUCACGGCUGUCACCAACAUCACUGCACAGAGACGUCACUGUCAGCCCUCAACAGGAUAUUAUUAGCUGCUGUGAGUGAGUGAGUGAGAGAUUAUAAUCUGGAGAGAUUAAAGCAUAUAUGAAAGUUAAAAAGUAUGAGAACGCAAUCAAAAUUAAACCAGACAUCACUAGAUAAUACGAUGACUCAUUACUAGGAGUGAAGGGAGCUGGUUGUCACACUUUUUGGGGUCAUGCUGGCACAUUAUGGGACUUCGAUGGCUUUGAAGGGCAGCCGCCUCACCUGGGGCUUCCUGCUGUGGUCUGUGACGUGGAGCUCGGCUCGGACUUUUACACCACAUGAAGGGUCUUCGGUCAGUCCCAUAUUUCAUCGGACCACUCCACCUCUGAACAGCUCUGAGGCCCCUACAAACAAUUACACAGGCCUGAGCUGCACGACGCUGUUUCCCCCUCGGCGAGGUUCCUUCUAUGUAGAGAAGGGCGCUGGGAUGUUCGUGGGCACAGAGUUGGUGUUCUGGUGCCUCGAGGGGUACCAGCUGGUGGGCAGCGAGAAGAUCACCUGUGUCCUACGUAGCGACACCGCUCAGUGGAGCAACUACCCACCUGACUGUGAGGCCAUUCCCAAACCAGAGGACCGCGGGUUGAGAGUGGCCGUACUGGCAUCGGUAGUAAGCAGCAUCAUCAUCCUCGCCAUGUCUGUGUCCUUCAUCAUCUGCUGCCUGCAGGAGCGCAUGAGCAAAGCGAGGGCAGAACGGACAGACAGACGGGGCAGGACGAGAGACAAGCACAAAUCAUCCUGGAGGAGUGAGUGCUGGCUGGAGAGAGAUGAAGGAGACUGGGAAGCUUUUCCUCCACCAAAAAUUUACAGUCUUUCCCAGCACCUUGACCCCCAUCUGACCCCUGAGAGCCCGGUCUAUAUGGGGGGACUGGCUGGUUAUGAUAACCAUGGGUAUCUGAGGAGUCAGGAAAACCUCCUGAAAGCUCCUAUUCCUGGUCUUUACCGUACCGAAAGUCAUAUGUACCCACAUGUGGUCCUGCAGAGGGUUCCCACACCCACAGUGCCAACUGCACCCAGCGCGCCCAUCUACCUCCACCUCUCCACCCCUCCACCCGCAGAAAGCCCCGGUGAACACUCCGCUCUGCCGCCGUACCCCAGCGCCAAUCCACAGCGUCUGUGGCCAUAGAAACACACUUUUAUUCAGAACUUUUACAACUGUCGCCAUGGCGAUGGAUUACGGCCCCUACGUGCAAACGGCUCCUGGGGUUCGGAAAACCAAGAGAAAUGAUGGACUCAAGCUAGAGCCACCUAGAUCACAACACACCGCUAGAUCUAGAUGUUGGACCAUGUGUGGGACCAAAUGUAGUUACAUUUAGUAUGUUGCAUAUGUAAGGACAUUUCUGAAUGACUCUAAGGAGACCCAUUGUGUAGUUUCUUGGAGAGAAAAGUUAAAUUAGGAGCGGUGAGGACUCCACUGGUACUGUGAUCCACUCCAGGUUUUAUUAUUGUCAGUUAGUACUUUUUAUUUUUGUGGUGAAGGUUCUGACUACCUGCACUCAUUAAAUGAAAAAAAUGCAACCAUUUCAAGUCACAUUAGAGCAUCGGUUUAAUAUUUCUAUGUUUUUUUGUAUUAGAAUUGUAGGAGAAUUACACUGAUGUUCAGAUUACAGACGGACAUUGGGAUCUCAUAAAUCUAUGAUACUUCAAACUUGAUUUUGUUUAUAACAAAUAAAAAGAUUACAGUAA